CCCAGCCAGCACCAGCAACAUCUCAUGUUGAGCCUUCCGUUGCCCAGGAGGCGUCAUCUUCCAAGAAGAAGCGACCAAAGACCAAUGUCGUUUUCUCCCAGCCAGCUGAUACUGGCACUGGUAUGAAUGUCAAUACCCAGCUGGUUUAUGCAAUCAACCACCUUAAAUCUACCCAUAAUCCUAUGCGAUUGCAAGACGUUGCUAUCGUCACCAAUACGCCCCUAGACACGGACAUGGUCUUGCUCGAAAAGUUCAAGGCUCAUGAUCGUGUCCAGUAUGAUCCAAAGACAGACUUGUAUUCAUAUCGGCACGACUAUAGCUUCCGGAAUAAGGCGGCUCUGUUAACUGAAAUACAACGCCAGACACGGAAAGGUGGUGGUAUCCCAGUCCGAGCGCUCAAGGAGUCGUGGAAGGAAGCCCCUCAAGCAAUUGAGGAGCUCGAGAAAGAAGGUGAGGUUCUCGUGACGCGCACGCAGAAAGAUGGACAGUUGCGCAUGGUCUUUUGGAACGAGAUUAAACCGGAUGAAGAGAGUGGCGGGAACCAGGUCGAGAAAGAGUUUCUGGAUCUGUGGCACCAGCUCAAGGUGCCAGCGGAAGCUGACCUUCUGAAGGCACUGAAGUCAGAGGGCUUGCAAGCAACUGCGUCGGAGGCUCUCGUGCCAAAAGCACCGAAUGGGAAGAAGAAGGGCAAACGCUCUGCUCCUCGUCAACGACCUGUUCGCAUCACAAACACACAUUUGAAGGGGUCGAUAGAUCUCUCCCGCGACUACAACGACAAGUAACUGGAAGAAGCUGGUUGCUGGAGCUCUCUGUGGUCCUGCGGAGCGCGUAGAUAUGUGUAGAUCCAUACAAGGCUACUUUACAUUAAUAGUACGAGCGAUUACCGCCCUGAGGCCUCUUGAAGCUACCUAUGGAUGGCUCAUGCAAUAUAGUGGAGUUG